AUGCCAGUCGCAGUGAUUGACAGGCUGCGAGUGACAGGAGGCCGGGGGCGGGACAAUGAGGGGAGGUUCAUUUGUGGGGAGAGUGGGCUGCCUUGUGGUGGGGUUGGGUGGGCCUGGGUGGGGCUGGGUGGGCCUGGGUUUGGCCUGGCAUGUUUCUUUGAUAAAUGGCCGAGUGGCACCGGGAAUGGCUCACAGGAGAGCAGUUUGGGGCAGAGGAGGCUGAAGGGGAGUGGGGGGUACUGA